CAUAUAAAAAAAAAGGCACAGUGAAAAGCAUAUUGUUCCGAAUGAAGAGAAAAAGAUAGAGCUAAUAGGCGGGGCAAGAAAUUGAAGAGUAAAGGAGUCACCCGAUGAAAGAAAAGGACGGAAUGAAAGCUGAUGGCGUAAACUACACUAUUCGUGGCGUUUCAGUCGCAGUAUUGCACGCGAAGUUUAAAUGUUGUGCGAAGCAAUUUAACCGGUCUUAACUAGUUUCUUUCUCGGUUUUGAACUCCGAAAACUAAAAUAUAUAAACAAAGUGAUCCAAACAUUACCGUUCUGCUAUUGUUAUAAUAAAUUUAAUGUUUUAGAAACGAAUUUUCGAAUUUUCAAGUGACAUAUGUGUUUGCAUUAGUUAACCCAGAAAUUGAGGUUAGGAAAGGCGUGACAUAGUUUUGUAUAAGUGCCGCGUAUAACUAUUCGGGAACAGGUGGUGAAAACGUGUUUAUAAUUAAGCCAUAUGAAAUCAAGAAAAAUUGAAAAACCGUGUACCUAUCGCGAAAACUCAAUAAAAAACAAGUAACAUUGUAUCUUUUUCCUUGUGCAUAAGAAGUGCAAUUGGUGGUGAGGACAACAAAACAACGGGUCAUGCGAAUGACGUAAGAUUGUAAAGGAUUUAGACCACGAAUUCUCUUUUUGCGCAUGAAAAAAGGAGUCGGUGAUCCAACAGACAACCACUUCAACAAGAGAUAAGGAAAUAAGUGAAAAUUUAAAAUGGGCGAAAAACGGGGCACGAAGGCACUGGAACUAUGGUGCCGGCGAAUAACCGACGGUUACCCUGGCGUAAAUGUGCAAAACAUGACAACAUCUUGGAAAGAUGGGCUUGCAUUCUGCGCGAUGAUUCAUCAUUUUCGGCCAGAUCUCAUUGAUUUCAAUAGUCUAGACAAGAACGACGUGUAUCAAAACAAUGAACUGGCUUUUAGAACGGCGGAACAACAUUUGGGAAUUCCAGCACUUUUGGAUGCAGAAGAUAUGGCCUCUUGUUCCGUCCCGGAUCGAUUAUCCAUUUUAACCUAUCUUUCACAGUUUUAUCAAACUUUCGUUGGUUCUUCCCCAAGUCGACCUCCGGUAAAUAGGACGACAGAGACCGAAGACGAGAGAAUUACCCAAGUAUCAGAAUCUCCAAAACAAAAGGUGACGCCGUGCCUGGGUAUGCGGAGGGAGUCAUGCUUUGUGUGCGGACUUCCGGUGUUCUUGGCAGAGAAAUUGGUGGUCACCCAUCUGAUUUAUCAUCGGACAUGUUUCCGCUGCGCUCGCUGUAAUAAUCAGUUAACUCACGGUAAUUAUUAUGAAACCGAAACAGGUGACUUCUGUUGCGAGGCGUGCCCUGACGAAGGAAUCUCAUCAUCUGUGAUACAAAAAUACAAUGAUACUCUGACAUUCAGUACAACAUUAGGGGGGGCUGAGGAAAGCGAUAUCGUUACCGAUUCAAGCGAUCGGGGAUCUUUCAGUGAUACAAAAGAAACAGAUCAAAAUAUACCUAGCCAUAAUUCUGUUAAACGAUUACAGCCGGAAGACGCUAUUAUACCUGAAACGGUGGCACAAACUUCUCGGUUAAGGAUGAAUUAUAUAUCGAACCAUCUGCUCUCGAUGAAUAGCGAUGAAAUUGUUGCCGACGAUGAUACAACAGAUGGAGAAUCGAAUGUCGUUGAAAAACGUACCACGAAUUCUGAAGCUGACGAAGCUACGUGUACGUCUGAAACGGCAUUUUUAGUUAAUGAUAAAUUUGUUGAACAGGAGGAAGCCAGGGAGGAGAGUAAGAAUUUUUGUGACACUUCUUUGAAAGUUGAAUCUCAGAGUGCAGAAGAAACGGAUAGGGAUUCCAUGAAAACGGACAAAGAAGUACAGAAAUUAAUAACUUCCUCGUUCCGUGCUAUAAAUAAGGAUAAUCCUAGUGCUUUAGUUACUAAAACAAGUAAUAUAAAAGAAUCGAUAGACCAUAUCGAUGAAGAUGAAGAUACUGAACGUUGCCUUUCUUUAGUUCAACAGAGGUUAAAAUUAUUUGAAACUUGCGACAAGGAGGAUCGCGUUAAAAGAAGAGAGAAAAAGUUUCAAAAUAUCGAAGCACAAACGUCUAAAGCGCAGAGUAACGGACGUGUAGAAUUAAUAAGUAAAAGUCAAGUAGAUCUGAAAUUUGAUCAAGAAGGAACAGAAGAGCAGAAACAUUUAGACGAAGAAACGAAAGCUCUAAAUAAUAAUACGAUAAAAUGUACCGAUGAAAAGUCAAUAAUGUUGGAUAUAAAAAGUUCUAAUACAUUAGAUUCAGAAACUAUUGAAUUAAUUAAUAACGAAGGAAGCAAUUCCGUAAGUAAUGUUAGGAAUCUCAGUAUAGAAGAAAGCGAAGAGAACGUUAUGCGUACGCCUGAAUUAUCUAAAAAUUUAGAUACAAUUAACAUAGAUAGAGAAAGUAGCGAAGAUCAUCAAGUAGAUAGUGAUUCUGUAAAACAAAGUAGCCAAACUUCCGGGCAGAAUACCAUGAGUAAGGAUUAUCCAGAAAAUUUAAAUCCUUUUAAAAGCGAUGACGAAGAAGGUGAGGAUCACCAUAUAAGCGUGGACAGUUUCAAAAGUUCUACAGCUUCGUCGAAUCCUUUUGAAAAUGAAGCGAGCGAAAAGGAGGGAAUUAGUAAUGAGAAAAAACUGUCGCCACCGAAACCUGCAAAACGAAAUAAUUUGGGUAACACACCUAAACAACAGUUGUCUCCAAACAUACAAGCAAAACGGCGUUUGGCUGCACCUCAAAUUAAUCUGAAUCCUUUUUGGAGCGACGAGGACGAUCAUGACAGUGAUUUGGAUUACCAGUGGAAAACCCCCGAGCAGAUGCCUAUUCCAAAACCACGUAACAUUAACAGGAGCUUGUACGCAUCGAAUACUUCCUUAACAAAUUCUGAAUUCGGAGGAACCCCGGGAGUAACUUCUCGAAAGAAACAACCAGCACCAUUACCUCCAAUUAAUAAGGACGCACGAGUGCCCGAGCCACGUUCUUCUCCAGCACUCGAACCCCGAAGUGGUUCAGCUGAAUCUCACAAAUCGCAUCAACGUACAACGCCUAAGGCCCGUAAAACGAAACCUGCUCCUCCACCACCAAUGGUAACCAGUACUCCGCAUAGUACCGUGGUUGCUCCACUGCCACACGAAAUAUCUCCAAUAAUCGAUUCAUGUAACACGGUUGAAACUCAAAAUUCAUGGGAGGAUAAGAAGCUGACUAAAGAUGAAGCGAACAGAAAUAAACAAAGUUUGACGCACAUUUCGCACGGGGAUACUCUGGAUUAUCACACGCCAUACACAGACAAAAGUACACAAGGGAAAUGGAAGAGAAAGAAGAAUCCGGCUCCGCCGUGUCCAAUACCACAUAGAAGAAAAAUAAAAGUAAUGUCUCUUAAGGAUGUCAAAUUGGAAUUAGAUGAAAUUGAAUUACAGCAACAAGGGUUGGAAAAGCAAGGUGUACGAUUGGAGCAACUGAUCAGAAUUAAAUGUGAAACGGGACUUAACAAUGAUGUUUCAGAUGUAUCUAUGCGAUCUGACGUAGAGGAAUUAGUUCUGGAAUUAUUCGCGCUUGUGAAUGAAAAAAACGAACUGUUCAGGCGGCAAGGUGAAUUAAUGUUGCUUCGAAGGCAACAGAGAUUGGAGGAAGAACAUGGCGAAGUAGAGUAUCAAAUUCGUUGUUUAAUGUCACAAAAUGAAUCCACGAAAACAGAUUUCGACAAACAAAGGGAAGAAGCAUUAAUACAGAGACUCGUACAAAUUGUUGAGAAACGAAAUGAAAUAAUCGAAUGCCUGGAAAUGGAUCGUCGCAGAGAAAUAGAAGAGGAUAAAAGCAUACAUAAACACAUGGGUCUCCUUGCUGCCAAAACCAAAAAUGAACUACCGGACAACCAAAUGAACGACCCUUGUUGUUCAAAAACGAAGAAAGGCAAACCAAAGAAAAAGACGAAUGAGAAAAAAUGUAAAAAAACAUCCAAAAAGGAUAUCGAUAAGGAUAUAGACGAGACUGAGAUGAAAUGCAAGCGCCACAAUAAACGAAAAUGGUUUUGAAUUGUACUACUUUAAUAAGUUAAAUAUUACGUAUUGCACGACAUAAUUUUAGCUUUUAAACGGUACUACCUCGUGUAAGUUAAAUAUUUUUGAAACUGUAAUGAAGAUUUGAUAUCCGUGUCCUGUUUAUAUUAUAGCUCUAUUGUAAGCGUCUUGUAUAAGAUUACAUUUACGAAAAAAAAAAUAAUGUGGUGUUACAUAUUAGUUAAAUUACAUUUACGUGCUUGUGUAGUUGGGCAUGAGUUUAUUUUGACUUAUGAAACAGCACUUCGUCAAAUAUAUAGUUAACAAAUAUCAGUCAAUUGAAACGCAUACGUUAUAAUGAAGCUUAUAUAAAUAUCGAGUAUCGGAAAAUAUUCUUCAUGUAUGUUUUAAGUUGUCCAUAUUCAUGUUUACAGAAUGGUCAAUAGAAAAAUUGUUUAUCUUCGUAUACCGACGGAAAUGCCGUAAAAAACAUUCUCACAAAUUCAUAGAUACCGCUGAUACAACCGAAAUAUUUUAAGCGUUGAUGCAACGUACAAAGUAUGACGAGUAUUUUUGUCCCAUCAUAAGGCUGCACUCUAAAUUUCUAUUGCAUGCUCGUCCUAAGUACAUUUAUCAGAUUUUUAAAUGAAAUUCAAAGAAAAAUAUCACUUUAUUGAACUAGGCUUAAAAUUACUUAUUUCGUUUGACAAUUUUCUAUCAUCUUCUAUUGUAUUCACAUUUAUAAAAUGUAUUUAUAUAUUAAAUAUAAUGUACUACGGGUAUGCGAGUAUCCGAAAUCACGGGUAUAUGAGUCCGGUCAGACUGAACAAAAAUCGAGCGAGUUCUCGAAACAUAUAUGAGUACCUAAGAAAUCCAAUAUUUACAGCUAUCUUACAAAGAGAGCGUAAUUUUUAUGAAACAAAUAAGGUUAAUAUUUUUUAGCGAGUAAGAAUAUUUCAAUAAAACUUUAUUCAAAUGAAUGAAAGUCAGUAUACAUAUUCGACAUAUGAACCUCGAACGUUACCACAAACCGAACCAAAGUUUAGAGAAACCUUCUAUUAAAUCUUAUAUUUCUUGCAGUGAAAUUUAAAAUGUAAACGUCUAAGAAACCAUUGAGUAUCUGCCUCUAUAUUUUUAUAAACAGGACGGCCAAAUCUACCAGUAUAUAAAGUUCUAACCAGAUCAGUGCCCCGAACUCCUCACACUCUCCUUGUUGGUGUCAAUAAUAUCUAUAGUAUAAAUAUUUUAUACAUAUCUCAUAUAGUGCCACACCAAAAUGCUGCAUCCUGAUCGAUUUUGAUGAUUUUGAAAUAUGUUAUUCGAGGCAUGAUUCUGACUAACUAUUUCUUAUAUGUGUAAAAUACCACGAACAAUAUACUUUAAAUUCAUUAAAAUCGGUGAGGGUAUAGCAUUUCGACCAGUUCACCUAUAUCAUAAUAUCCAUGGUACAGAUAUUUAUAAUAUAGAUAUUAUUAUCAUUAAAAUACCCGGAAAUGUAGGGUUGCUCAAGUACUCGGCCGAGACUGCCCGACUCGUACCCGAAAUUUUGAUUGUCUGCACUCCUCUACAAUAUACAUAGAAAUUAUGUAUAUAAUAAAUAUAUUUUAUAAACAUGAAGCUACGUUGAAAAGUAAAACGACAAGACUUUUUGCCCAAUCUAACACUUAUAUUAUACUUUAGCCAUUGUACUUUAUAUUUUAGUUAUUCUUUAGUUUCGCUGUUCACUUAACAAUUUUAAAUAGUAAUUACUACUUUCAAGAUAGCAGUGCUCAUUUACUAGAUUCUUUAUGGCAUUUUAUAAGUGUAUUUUAUAAACAAUUAUUUUAUAUUUUAUUAUUUACACGCGUUUUUCCAACUGAAGACUGAGUUCCUGUAAGGAUCUCAAUGAUUUUAAAAAGUUGAAAUAAUACGUGUUUGAUUAACACUGCCACUGCUCUUCUCUAUUGAGAUUUAAGUAUGUGUUCAUCUAAUAGAAAUAUUUGAUGACAGCAAAUUCUGUGGUUGCAAUUGAAUUAGCGAGUAAAAAUAUUACCCGUCGUCUCUUUGUCUACGAUGUAGACUCUACGGUAAUGUAACAACAAUUUGAGGGCUCGAUAUAUGAUUAUAACGUGGUAAUUCCAUCUGUGACUACAGCAAUGGAACAGUUGAUGGGUAAAUUCUGUAAUACCCGUUUAAAAAAAAAUAUGAUUAUUACGAUGAUUAUUAUUAUCAUUACUAUUAUUACUAUUAUUAUUUUUAUUGCAGGAAAUAGGAAGUGAAACAGUGGGAUGUUGUUGAUAUAGUUUGAUUAUUCACUUUCAGACAGUCGACGGUUUAUCAUUGACAUUGCAUGUUGAUACUGAAUCGUUUAUAAUCGUGUUAAGAUUUUCUUAAUUGUAUAUGUAAUUCGGCGUUGGUUUCCUUGCUAAAAUUGUAUUUUAUUACACCACUGAAUUGUUG